UUUUGUGUUACCUAAAGUACCAUCAGGAAAUAUGCCCUCGCUGUGUCCCCUCAGCAGGGUUUCAUAUUAAAGCUCACGUUGCUGGACAAGCGAGUGCUUUGUAAUCUUAGAAAAGGUGGCGGUUUAAGGCAUUUGGCUGCAGCUAUUUUAAUCUGAAGGCUGGAGCAUUAAGUCAGACGCACGAUAGAGAAAUAGAAGGGCCUCCCCAAGGGCUAGCCGGUUACACGAGUAGGGCUCAGGAGAUAGCAAGAAUAUAUGCUUGCAAAUCAGCACCAGUCCCUUUUUUUUAGCAUGAUCGUUUAUUUUUAAAUGCCAAACUGAAUCAAAAGUGUGUCAUAGAGCUUCACCUAACGCCUCUUCUUUCUUUCCAUCUCUAUCUCAUGUCAUUCACCCUACAUUCCCUUCAUGGGUGAAAAUCUCCAUGACGACCCAUCUCCAGUCUCUUUCGCCCUCUCUCUCUCUCUCUCUCUCUCUCUCUCUAUCUAGUGUGCGUCAUGAAGAUGAAAAGUGCCUAAUCCCUUGGUGGAACUCAGUCUAACAGACACACAUGCAGAAUCCCUGCUUUUGGGAAGACGUCACACACAAGCGCAUCACUCUCUCCGAGUGAGCGCGGCUUUACAGCGGGAAGUGGUGGAUGGAGAAGGAAAAAGAGAGAGAGGGAGGGUGGCGAUAAACACUUAUUGUUCUCGAGGAGCCUGAACUGGAGGUGUGGCAUCUGCCGGGCGUUGUCGUGGAGACAGAGUCCUGGCUGUUCCCUCUUCCUCUUAGCUGAUCAAUCAGACGCUGAUCCUUAUGGCAUCUAGAACAGCAGCCACAGGUGGCCAUGCUGUUCUCUCCGUUCUCUUGUGCUCUGGGGCUCUCCCUUCUGCCACUCCUCCUGUUUCAGUGCCCCGCCCACGCCUGCCCUGCCCGCUGUGAGUGUUCUGUGCCCACGCGUUCUGUGUCAUGCCAUCGCAGGCGGCUAGCACAGGUGCCUGAAGGCAUCCCUAUAGAGACAAGGGCAUUGGACCUCAGUAAAAACCGGCUGCGCAUUGUGACUCCACAGAACUUCUCCUCACUGCUGUUGCUGGAGGAGCUGGACCUCAGCAACAACUUGUUGUCAUCUGUGGAACCUGGUAGCUUCCGCACUCAGCCGCGGCUACGCUCGCUCCGACUGCGCAGCAACCAACUGACUCUGCUGCCGCGUGGAGCACUGGCUGGCCUCAGCGAGCUUACCCUGCUGGAUGUCAGUCAAAACCGUCUUGUUAUUCUGCUGGACUAUGGUUUUGAGGAGCAGCGGAGGCUGAGGGUACUAGAGUUGAGUGAUAAUGAGCUAGUGUUCAUCGCCCCACGGGCCUUCAGUGGCCUGGCAUCCCUGCGCUCUCUGACGCUGCAACGAUGCAACUUGAGCACAGUGCCCACACAUGCUCUCGCACAUCUCCAUGGUCUAACCAGCCUGCGGAUGCGGGACUUGGGCAUAGAGGAGCUUCAGGCGCAUGCCUUCAAGGGUCUACCACGCCUGAAACAUCUGGAAGUGGACCGUUGGCCAUUGUUAGAAGGGUUUCCGACCUCUGCUUUGCAGGGGCUGAACCUCAGCACACUGUCCAUUACCCACACCAACUUGACGUCCGUACCAGUGGUGACACAGCUGCCAUAUCUAACUCAUCUCAACCUGUCUUACAGCCGUAUACGUGUCCUGCCAGCAGGGUGGUUGCGAGGAAUGGACCGGCUGGAGGUUGUACGUGUGCGACAGUCUAACCUGCUGAGUGUGGAACCUCAAGCCUUGCAAGGAGCCACCUCGCUGCGCCUUCUUGACCUUUGUUACAACCGUCUCUCCACGCUGGAGAGAAGUGUUUUUCCUGCUUCCGAGGCCCUGCAGACUCUUCUAAUUGGCCAGAACCCAUUAGUGUGCGACUGUCGUCUACGCUGGAUCCUGGAGAGGACUCCACCUUUGCUGUACGGCGAUGUUCAACCUGAAUGUAGUGCUCCUGCACCCUUGGCUGGGAAGCCUCUUGGCUACCUGGUGGAAUCUCAAAUCUCUCGUUACGUUAUCUGCACCAAACCCAGGGUCGUCUCCAUGGCAACUUACCCGGCACAGGUGGAAGAAGGGCAGAGAGCUUGGCUAUAUUGUAGUGCAGAUGGGGCUCCACCUCCCUCUGUGUCAUGGCUUACACCGCAUAGGCGACACAUUACCACAAAGAGUACAGGAAGAAUGGUGGUCCACACCAAUGGAUCACUAGAGUUCCGCAUGGCAGAGUCUCAGGAUAGCGGCAUGUACGUGUGUGUGGCAUCAAACCCAGCAGGCAAUGCCACUCUCUCUGUCACGCUUGCUAUUAAAAGCUUGGGAAUCAGGGACAGAGCCCUUUACACCAACCGCAGCUUUCUUUUUGACUCUGACUACAACAGUUCCCUAAUUAAUGGCACAGAGGAGUACACCAUCAGGGUGGUUCUGGACUUCACCACCAUCCUGGUCUCCACAGCAAUGGGCUGCCUCAGCUUCCUGGGUGUCGUCUUGUUCUGUUUCUUGUUGUUGUUUGCAUGGAGCCGUGGCAAAGGAAAGCACAGAGGUGGCGUGGACAUCCAAUAUGUCCCACGAAAGCGGAAAGGUGCAAACUCAGAACUUACAGAAACAAGUGGGCCCAGAAGAGUCAACAUGAAGAUGAUCUAAAUUUUUAUAUUGCCGAGGAAUUCAUGGGUUGCAUGGUUGCGUAUGUGUGUUUGUUGGACUUUGUGAGUCUUUGGGUAGAUGUGCUGCAAAAGAUGAAAAGGAUGUAUUUAAACAUGAGAUUGUAUAUGUGGUAUCCCAAUGACAAAAAGAAAGAAAAAGAAAAACGCCAAACUAUAUAAUGUGUGUCUUCUGC